GACGCCCUCGUCGACACGCUGAUCGACGGUGGCUAUCUGCCCACCUUCGUUAUCCGCCGUGGAAUCCGCGCACUGCUCCGUCAACGACUGAACGAGAUCGCCUCCACAAGCCUGUCGGCCGCGUACGCCACGAAAAUGCAGUACAUCGACCUUCUCCGCACACGUCCCAUAGCAGUCGAGACUGGCAAAGCGAAUGAACAGCACUACGAGGUCGGCACGGGCGUGCUAUCAAACAUGCUUGGUCCCAGGAUGAAGUAUUCGUGCUGCCUGUAUCCGAAAGGCUCGGAGAGCCUGGCGCAGGCGGAGAUGGCGAUGCUAGAGCUGUACGUCGAGCGCGCUGGCUUGAAAGACGGGAUGAGUAUCUUUGAUUUGGGCUGCGGCUGGGGCUCGCUGAGUCUGUACCUCGCCGAGAUCUUCCCGAAGUCGCAAAUCACGGCAUUCAGCAACUCGAAGACGCAAAAAGAGCACAUCGACUCGCAGGCCCGACGGAAGAACCUGCAGAACCUGCAAGUCGUCACCGGCGACAUUGCGACCUACGAGUUCGCCUCCACGCCGCUGGAGAGCGCCUUCGAUCGCGUGCUGAGUAUCGAACUCUUCGAACACAUGAAGAACUACUCCCUCCUACUAUCGAAGGUCAACACCUUGCUCAAGCCUGGAGGCCAGCUGUUCGUGCAUCUUUUCGCGCACCGAUCGACGCCGUACGAUUUCGACAGCGGAUGGAUGACGGAGCAUUUCUUCACGGGCGGGACGAUGCCGAGUGCGGAUCUGUUGCUGUUCUUCCAGGAGCAUUUGAAGAUCCGGCACCAGUGGUGGGUCAGCGGAGAGCAUUACGCAAAGACUUGUGAAGAUUGGCUGAAAACGAUGAAUGGCAACCGUAAACAACUAUGGCCACACCUCGAGGAGACAUAUGGCCGUGACGAAGCCGCCAGAUGGUUCUACCGAUGGCAGGUCUUCUACUUGGCAUGCGCAGAAUUGUUCGCGUACGAAGGAGGCGAUACAUGGGGAGUGGCCCAUUAUCUAUUCGAGAAGCCUGCACAUCGAUGA